AUGGCAACGGCACAAUCGACGAGUGCCGUGGCUACGUCAGCUGCGGGCACGACUACGACUACGACGAACGCUGUGGCAACUACGGUUGGAAGUAGUUUGACAAGCACCAGCAUGGCUACGGCGACAAGUGGUGUGGCGAAUACGCCUACGGUGCCUGCUGGAGUGGUUACGUCGGCCGUGAGCAGUAUGAUUGGAGGUUUCACGUUCCCCAGUGUGACGAACAAUGGAAUUCCAUGCACGACACCCCUAAUGGCUGGCAUGAACACCGCGAUGCUGUCUGGAGCAGCGGCUGGUACGGGGUUACGCCUUCAGGGGUACAUGCGAUGUAUGGAUAUGGUUAUCCUGCUGCCGUACCAGCAGCAAGUGUUCCUGUUGUGCGCCACGUUGGAGGUGGAGUCCCUGGAAUCAAAGACAUUUCGAACAAGCCGCCUGUUAUGA